AUGACCUUUAUUACAUGGCUGGUUUGCCUGCUGGUUCUUGCUGGCGACGUUCAUCCGAAUCCUGGUCCAUCAUCAACUCACUCUGUUAGCUCAACGUGCUCAUCUACUUCUACCAUAUCACAGUCAUUGUCAGAUCUUAUGUCGGGAACUGGUUGUCUCUCUGUGCUGCAUUACAAUGUACAAAGUCUUUUUAACAAGGUUGAUGUUCUGGAAGCCGAGUUUAGCUCUUUUGAUGUCCUUUCUUUUUCUGAAACAUGGCUCAGCUCUAGUGACUUAAGUGACGAUAUACGAUUUAGAGGUUUUCAUGCGCCAGAAAGAAGGGACAGAAAAGGAGAUAGUCAUGGCGGAGUUAUUGUUUAUGUUAAGGAUAGCCUACAUUAUAUUCGACGACCAGAUCUCGAACCAACAGACCUCGAGUGUAUUUGGGUUGAAGUAUCCUUCACCCACUCGAAACGAGUUUUAAUUGGUACCUUUUACAGACCCCCAAAUUCAAAUGCCAUAUAUACGUCUUUGAUAGAAGAUUCUCUCAGUUUAGUUCUUGACACUAACAUUUCAGACAUAGUUGUAACUGGUGAUUUCAACUUUAACCUGUCUAAUCCUAAUUCAUAUCGUAAACUUACUUCCAUCUGCCAAUAUUUUAAUCUUAACCAGCUUAUUUCUGAACCAACCCAUUUUACUGAGACAUCUUCUUCCAUCCUUGAUCUAUUUCUUGUAUCAUGCAGUCACCGUGUAAUUGCCUCGGGCGUGGGAGAGCCGGUUCUGGACCAAAAUGUACGUUUUCACUGUCCCAUCUUUGCUCUUUUUGCUUUCUCAAAACCUAAGUUGAAAUCAUUUAAGCGUCUUGUUUGGCAAUAUGAUCGUGGUGAUUACGACUCCUUGCGUAGAAACAUAUGCAACACUAAUUGGGAGAUUCUUAAAGAUGACAAUAUUGAAGCAUAUGCAGCAUCAGUAACACAAACACUUUUAGAUUUAUCGAAACAAUGCAUUCCAACCAAAUUUAUAACUGUAAAAUCAAAUGACUCGCCAUGGAUAACAACACAAAUAAAACAAAAAAUUCGCAAAAGGAAAAAACUGUACCGAAAAGCUAAACACUCACAACAACCUCUACACUGGCGUAAGUUUAGACAAAUUCGAAAUGAAAUAGUAUCACUCAUUCGCAGUGCUAAACAAGAUCAUUUCAAUAAAAUAUCAGAUUCGCUAAAAUCAGAUACAAACUCACAAACAAACUGGUGGAAAUUAAUCAAAGGACUGUUAUCACCUAAUGAAAAACAAACAAUCCCAGCACUUAAACAUGAACAAACAAAUGAACUAGUCUUCGAUCCCCAAUCAAAAUCUAACCUAUUAAAUGAAUUCUUCUGCGGCCAAUCUUCUCUGGAUAUAGCCAACAAAGAACUACCUCAUAAUUACUAUAAGGAGCCAACAAACAAACUCUUAACAAUAUCAAUUUCCCCGCAAGAUGUUGAAGAUGCUCUCAUAACACUGAAGACAAACAAAGCAACUGGACCCGAUGACAUUAAUAAUCGAAUACUUAAAGAGACUGCUUCGGCCAUUAAAUAUCCAUUGUGUUCCUUGUUUAAUCAUUCUUUGCAACGUUCUUUGGACGAUGGUCUUGAAAUCCGAACAGUCUUUUUUGACAUCAGCAAAGCAUUUGACAAAGUCUGGCAUGAUGGUCUUCUUCUGAAACUUCGUAAAGCUGGUGUUGAUGGUCCUCUCUUGUCUUGGUUCUCUAACUAUCUCACAAAUAGACGUCAAUCUGUUAUUCUACCUGGUGCUAAAUCUAACUGGUGUUCUCUCCAGGCUGGGGUUCCUCAGGGUUCAAUCCUAGGACCUCUCCUUUUUUUAGUUUAUAUAAACGAUAUCGUUGAAGAUAUUGGUGCUAGAAUUAACAUGUUUGCUGAUGAUACUAGCCUUCAUAUUGUAGUUGACCAUCCUGUAAUCUCCGCUCAAGUUUUGCAAACUGACAUCAACAAAAUCUCUACUUGGGCAGAUACAUGGCUCGUAAAAUUUAACCCAUCAAAGUCAAAAACUAUGCUUAUCUCACGCAAAGCAAAUAAACCACUUCAUCCUCCACUUCUCAUGAAUAAUCAACAAAUAUCAACUGUAACAUCUCAUAAACACCUUGGAGUUUAUCUUUCUGAGGAUGGUUCCUGGCAUAAUCACAUAACACACAUAACAGAACGGGCCUGGAAGAGGAUCCAUCUGAUGCGCAAACUUAAAUUUCAACUUGACAGAAAAUCUCUCGAAAUCAUUUAUUUUUCCUUUAUAAGACCCAUUCUCGAAUAUGCCGACGUUGUUUAUUGCAAUUGCACUCAAUAUGAAAAACAGGAGCUUGACAAAAUACAGAACGAAGCAUCUAGAAUUGUGUCUGGAACGACACAGCUUGUUUCAUUUCAUAAUCUUCAUAAAGAAGUUCCCUGGGAAUCACUUGAAACACGUAGAUUGCAUCACAAAUUGAUUCUUUUGUAUAAAAUGAAAAAUGGUCUCACACCUGAAUAUUUGUCUUCGCUUGUUCCGCAAACUGUGGGAGAAACAGCUACAUACAACUUGAGAAAUGCCGCCGACAUUCAGGAACUACGUACUCGUACGGCACUUUACUAUAAUUCUUUUCUUCCAUCGGCUUUAAGAGAAUGGAAUGAUUUAUCUCCUCAGUUGCAAAAUUCCCCUUCUUUAUCUUCGUUCAAACACAGAAUCCGUGGUAACAUUCGCAAAACACCUGCACAUUUCUAUAUAGGAACGAGGAAAUGGCAAAUUCAUCAUGCUCGACUGCGAUCACAAACUGAUAUUGACACAAGGGCCUCACAGGAACUUGCAGUCAUGGCAGGAAAGAGGAGCUGUUCCUUGUUUUGUGCGCCACAACCCAUUGCUCGACUUGUGCAGCUGUUUCCCAAGCUUGCGCUCGUUUUCUUUGCGAUACAUAUAACUGUGAUAAUCUACUCAUUUUUUAGUCCUAAUCCACAUGCAGUGAAGUCAAAAGAUGCCCCACCCGGUGUUGUAGAUGAGAAAAUGAAGUUUAUUGGAAUUGAGAAGAAUCGAAUGGUGUAG